CUCUCUCUCUGCGGGGAAGCGCCUCCGGCUCCUCCUCCUCCACCUCCAUCCCGCUCCGCCGUGGAGAGAGCCGCCGCGGCAGCAAGGCCGCCGCGCGGGGAGCACGCCGCGUCCCCCACCGCCCAAUGGCGGCCUCCCACUCCCCCCGAAUAACCCUCGGUCUUCCUCUUCUGGGAUGCGAGAGCUCGCUGUGGUAGGCUCGCCGCCGCGCAAUGGAGGGGUUCUCGAGGGACUUGCUGUGCGGCAUCGGGAGGGGGGCAGACGGGCCCCGCCGCGAGCAGAGGCCGCCGCGCCCUGACGCGGAGGCUGAGGAGGUGGAGCUCAACCUCGGGCUCUCGCUUGGCGGCCGGUUCGGGCUCGAGAGGAGAGGGGCGGAGAAGCUCGCCAGGUCGACGUCUGUCGCGGCCAUCUUCGCGACACCGGAGGAGGUGGCGCCGCCCGCGCUCUUCAGGACCAGUUCGCUGCCGACUGCGGCGGCCGCAGAGGCGGCGAAAAAGCAGGGUUUGGAUGACUUGGGCUGCUGCCGCCGGAACGGCGGCGUGGAGGCGGAGCCCGCGGCGAGACUGCCGGCGAGCGGGAGCCCGUCGUCGGGCUCGUCCGACGGCGAAGGGCGCAGGCUGGAAGUGAAUAUGACAGACACUCUCAUGAGAACAAGUUCACUCCCUGCUGGCAUCGAGGAUGAGUGGAGGAAGCGGAAGGAGGCCCAGAGUCUGAAGCGACUCGAAGUGAAGAGGAAGAGAAUUGAGAGAAGGAACUCUCUCACUUCCAACGUGUCCAAAGAGUCUGUUGGGCAGAUAUUAGAAGAGAUGAACACAAGAGCUGAGAAAGUAGAAAGUUGUGAUGAUGUUGCUGCGGGCAAUAAGAUGGGAGGAAAUGCGAACCAUAUUGGUGAUAAAAACCGCUGCACUGGACUUCCUCCAGUCCACCGUGCUACGUCUACUCAACAACGUGGCAGUUUGUCUGGAAUACCGACGAAGCAUAAUCCAGCUGUGAAAGGACCUGCAAAUGUUGAAGAGCAUAAUGAUCCAUCAGCCAUUGCACCCCCUACUGAGCACCAAAAUAGUGCAGCCAAAGCAACACCAUUUUCGGCAUUGGCAGUGAGGGCAAUAGCUCUUGCUUCCAGGGGAGAGCAACUGCAAACGACAGGAAGAGUCGCGGCAAGAGCUAAGAGCAUGGGAGAUGUGGAGCAGAUUAUGAUGCAGGAGAUGCCAUGUGUGUGCACCAAGGGACUCCCGAAUGGCAAGAGGGUUGAGGGCUUCCUGUACAAGUACAGGAAAGGCGAGGAAGUGAGGAUCGUCUGUGUGUGCCAUGGCAGCUUCCUGACCCCUGCAGAGUUUGUGAAGCAUGCUGGAGGUGGAGACGUCGCGAACCCGCUUCGGCACAUCGUUGUCAAUCCUAUUGCGCCAUCCUUAUACUGAAACCUCAGUCCGCUCAAUGCUGCUUUUGAAGUGUUCUAUAGCUUCAGUUCAGCCCUGCUCAAUGCUGCUCUUACAAGUGUUUUAUGCUUCAGCAGCCUUCACCUGCUCACUGUUGCUCAUGCAAGUGUUCUAUAGCUUCAGCCUUCACCUUAGCUUCAGAGUUCUGUUCAGAGUAGAAUCUGAUUGUCAGACUGUCUUAAUGUUACAGUGUUUAUUAUGCUAAGGAGAUGGUGGGAGAUUGCUCCUGCUGACAUAAAAAAAGUGGUAACAUGGUUCCGUUGAUCAUUGUCGAAUAGCGCUUGCAGCUUCUUUUGUUCAAGCAAUUGUCCCAGAAAUUCAUCAUUGUGCAAUUCUCUCUGGCAACUGGUAUCAAUCACAAUAAAAUCCUAUUAGUACCGUUUCAUAUUAUACGUAAGAUGUUU